AUGAUUUCCUCUGUUGUGUCUAAUAAGGUAACAGUGAGAGUCAUUGGCAGCUAUUUUCCGACUGUGAGGUUGGUUGGUGGUCAUAGUGCCUGUGCUGGUCGAGUGGAGGUUUAUCAUGAUGGUCAGUGGGGCACAGUGUGUGAUUAUGGCUGGGAUAUGACUGAUGCUGCAGUGGUUUGUAGAGAACUGAAGUGUGGAGAGGCUGUAGAUGCUCUGGGUGAAGCUGUAUUUGGAAAAGGAACAGGUCAAAUUUGGAUGGAUGAUGUGGCCUGUGGUGGAUUAGAGUCAACAGUGAAGAGCUGUAGUUCAGGAGGAUGGGGUGAACAUGACUGUGGUCAUAGUGAAGAUGCUGGGGUUAUCUGCUUAGAAGUCAGGCUGGUUGGAGGUUCUCGCUGCUCUGGGAGGUUGGAGAUCCUUCAUAAUCAGACAUGGAUGUCAGUGUGUGAUGCUGCCUUUGACCAGCAGGAUGCAGAGGUUGUGUGUAGAGAGCUGGACUGUGGGGCUCCUGUACAGGUGCUGAGAGCUGCUGCUUUUGACAAAGGAGACGCUCAGAUGUGGACACAAGAGAUUCACUGCAGAGGAGACGAGUCUCAUAUUGGAUUAUAUUUUGAACUGGUCAGGUUGGUUGAUGGUGACAGUUCCUGCAGUGGUCGAGUGGAGGUUUAUCAUAGAGGUCAGUGGGGAACAGUGUGUGGUGAUUACUGGGAUAUGACUGAUGCUGCAGUGGUGUGUAGAGAACUGGGCUGUGGAGAACCUCUAGAAGCUGUGCGUUCUGCUUACUUUAGACAAGGUUCAGGUGAAAUCUGGAUGGAUGAUGUUUCCUGUAGUGGAUCAGAGUCAACACUGAAGAGCUGUAGUUCAAGAGGAUGGGGUGAACAUGACUGUGGUCUUUUUAAUGAUGCUGGAGUCAGAUGCUCAGAAACCAUAAAUUAUGGACGAUUUACGAGACUUGCUGAUGGACCUCACCUGUGCUCUGGGAGAUUAGAAGUCCUUCGUGGAAACACCUGGUACACAGUGUGUGACGCUGCCUUUGACCAGCAGGAUGCAGAGGUUGUGUGUAGAGAGCUGGACUGUGGGGCUCCUGUACAGGUGCUGAGAGCUGCUGCUUUUGACAAAGGAGACGCUCAGAUGUGGACACAAGAGAUUCACUGCAGAGGAAAUGAGUCAAUUAUUCGACACUGUCCAACAUCAGGACUACUUAAAAUGAACUGCACCAAUGUCAGUGAUGUUGCACUGAUGUGUUCUGGUUACACUGAUGUCCGACUGCUCAAUGGUCCUGACUCCUGUUCUGGUCGAGUUGAACGUCAGUAUCUCAGUGAAUGGGGCACAGUGUGUGAUGCAUGCUGGGAUAUGAGAGCUGCCAGUGUCCUCUGUAAACAGCUGAAUUGUGGGAUUGCUGUGUCUGUUGUGGGAUCAGACUGGUUUGGAGAGGAAAGUGGUGAAAUCUGGGCUGAUGUGUUUGAUUGUGACGGGAAUGAAACAAAACUCUCCGAAUGUUCAAUCUCUUCAUGGAGUCGAGCUGAACGCUCUCAUAGACGAGAUGUUGGAGUCAUCUGCUCUAACUCGUCUCUGGCUCUUCAUGAGGGUCUGGUGCGGUUGUCUGGAGAGAGACAGUGUGAGGGGCAGGUGGAAGUUUUGAUCCAGCAGGUCUGGAGGAAGGUUCUGCUGGACUCCUGGAGUCUCACUGAAUCCUCUGUGGUCUGCAGACAGCUGGGCUGUGGCUCUGUGCUCAACUUCUCCGGCUCCUCUUUAUCCAGUCCUGAACACAGUCAUGAGUGUGUGAUGGGCUUCCAGUGCUCUGGGAGUGAAGCUCAUCUGGGGAACUGCAGCUCUCCACAAACUCUCAACUGCAGCUCCACACAACAGCUGUCAAUCACCUGCCUUGGCCGCGGGUCCAUCAGGCUGGUGGGUUCUGGGGGAGACUGUGCAGGGAGGCUGGAGGUUUUUCACAGCGGCUCAUGGGGGACAGUGUGUGACGACUCCUGGGAUAUUAAAGAUGCCCAUGUGGUGUGCAGACAGCUGCAGUGUGGAGUGGCCCUCAGUAACCAGCAGGUACCAGCCUGGUUUGGUCCUGGUUCUGGACCCAUAUGGCUGGAUGAGGUGGAGUGUAAGGGGAAUGAGACGUCCCUGUGGAGCUGCUCUUCUCCAGGCUGGGGAAAACAUGACUGUCAACACAAGGAGGAUGUAGGAGUCGUCUGCUCUGAGUUUAAAGAGAUCAGGUUAACUGAGGGCUGUGAAGGGAAUGUGGAGGUUUUCUAUAACGGAUCCUGGGGAAAUGUGUGUUACAACAAGAUGGACAGAGACACAGCGAGUCUGAUCUGUCAAGAGCUGAACUGUGGAAGAUCUGGCAGUGAACCCAGUAAUUCAGAGGGACUGAGAACCCUUAGUUGGCUUGAUUUUGUUAAAUGUAGACGACAUGACUCCUCUGUAUGGCAGUGUCCAUCUGCACCCUGGGAACUAAAAGACUGUGGUGAUGAAGUGGCAAGGAUCACCUGUUCAGCUCAUGUUCCUCUCAGACUGCGUGGAGGGGGCGGCCGGUGCUCUGGGAGGCUGGAGGUGUAUCAUAACGCUGUGUGGGGCUCAGUCUGUGAUAAUCUCUGGGACAUCAGCGAUGCUCAGGUGGUCUGCAGGCAGCUGGGAUGUGGAGCAGCACUGAGGGCUGAUGGAAAUUCAGCCUUUGGUGCUGGUGAAGGUGUGGUGUGGCUGAACAGAGUCCAGUGCAGAGGGAAUGAGCUUCACCUGUGGGACUGUCCUCUCUCCCUGAACAACCACACUGACUGCUCCCACAAAGAGCACGCUGGACUCACCUGUACAGGUCACUGA